UAGAAGGACAGUAGUUCAGUGAGGUUGGUAAAAAUUGUACGUAGAGUAGAGAGAGAGGAAAAGAUAACGAAGCCAACAGCGAGUGGAAUCGAAAUUUAGUACGGAGACCUAGAUGGGAGAAGAAGAAGACGAGAGAAUGAGUGUGACGUAAACGAGAACGAGGAUCCAAACAAGUAUCAGCUGUGUGGCAGUCAUUGUUCGUAUUCGUCUUGGCAGUAACACAAGAAUUCGACAUUUUUUUUUGUGUUAUUUUGUGUUUAACUAAAUUGUUGUUGCAUUUUACGAGUUGAUGGCUUCAGUGUGCACACUAAUAAUCUAUAUAUUCUGAUAAUACGAUAAACAACGUAACGUAUAGACAUAUAUAUACACACACACACAUACAUACAUACGUAUGUAUAUAUACAUCAGUGACGUACGUAUGUGUGCUGUCUAUAUAUGUACAUGUAUGGGUGUAUUAGACGUCAUUGUGUAGAUCUCGACAUACGUAAAAUUAAUCUGUCGAAACAAAGAAAGUGGGGGAGUCGACGGUGGUAGUGCAGCAGCAGUAGCAGCAGCUCGCAACUCACCAACACAAAAGACACGAGCUCACCAGCACUUACGUCGACAGGAGACAGGAGACGGCGGAGAGUAGAGCGAGGGCACGAGACCGAAACGUUAAUAAUUUAAAAAUUAUUUAUUUGGAGGUGUAAAUAGAGGCCCCGUGUGACCAGCGGCCCCACCAGCGAACCCACCACCUCGGGGACAAUAAUCGUGUGAAAAACGGGGCGGUACGCGCGUAAGCCUGGCCUCGAGCGGCGAGUCGGACGACGGUGGGCUCGCUCCGCCACCGCGCAAAAGGUCCCGUAGUUCUCUCACAACUACCCUAAGACCAGCGGACGAGUACCACACCAGCGCAACCAUGGACAAUUAUCGGAUGAUGCAGCAGGCAUCAAAUGGAGCCGCGGUAUCCAACGUUCCUCAGCAAAACGGAGCGAAUCCAGACAGCAGUGGGUCUCACGCUAACGGCAACGCGAUUCCACAUUGUGACGGUGACGUUAAUGGUGUUAAUGGGGAGAGCAAUCAGGCUGUAGGACCGCCGAAAGUUAUGGACAAGACAAACCAAGAUAUUGUUAGACUAAUUGGCCAGCACUUGAAGGCAGUCGGACUUGACCGGACUGCUGAUUUGCUGAUGCAAGAGUCGGGAUGUCGGUUGGACCACCCGUCGGCGGCAAAGUUCCGCCAGCAUGUGAUGGACGGGGACUGGAGCAAAGCCGACCAUGACUUGGAUGAGUUGAAGUCAUUCUUGAAUAACCCGAACCAGAGUGUCGUGGAGAUGAAAUUUUUACUGCUUGAACAAAAGUACCUGGAGUUUCUCGAAGAAGGCCUUGUUCUUGAGGCGCUGCACGUCUUGCGCAACGAAUUGACACCUCUUGGACACAACACGGGACGUGUGCACCAGCUCUCUGCUUUUAUGAUGUGCAGUGGCCGGGAUGAACUUCAGACACGAGCUGGCUGGGACGGGAAAGGCUCAGCAUCACGUACUGCUUUGAUGGAUAGAUUACAAAGGUACCUACCGCCCUCGAUAAUGCUCCCGCCAAAGCGGCUGCAGUCUCUGCUCUGCCAAGCAGUUGAGAUGCAGAAUCAGCAGUGUACCUAUCACAUUACGCCUAAUCAGCCGACACUCGAGAGCGUAUCACUGCUGGUUGAUCACAGCUGCAGCAAAGAACAUUUUCCUUCUCACACAACCCAGGUGCUCAAUGAUCACUGCGACGAAGUCUGGUACUGCAAGUUCUCUCCGGACGGUUUGAAACUCGCUACCGGCUCUAAAGACAUGACAGUAAUCAUCUGGGACGUUGAUCCAGAAACAUUAAAAGUCACGCACAGAAAGACUUUGGAAGGUCACACUUACGGCGUAGCUUUGAUCGCUUGGAGCCCGGACAGCAGUCACCUGAUUGCCUGCGGUCCGGAAGAUUGUCCAGAGCUCUGGCUCUGGAGUGUCGAUACUCCGGACUGCGAGCUUCGUAUCAAACUGACGCACAGCACCGAGGAUUCUCUCACUGCGUGUGCUUGGCAUCGAGACGCGAAUAAAUUUGUCACCGGAGGUCUGAGAGGGCAAUUCUAUCAAUGCGACAUGGACGGAAACAUUCUCGACUCGUGGGAAGGAGUCAGAGUCAAGUGUCUUUGGUGUCGCAGCGAUGGCAAGACCGUUCUGGCUGCUGACACUCAUCAUCGUAUUCGCGGAUACAAUUUCGAUGAACUUUGCGACUUUACAAUUUUGCAAGAGGAUCAUCCAGUUAUGUCAUUCAGCGUAAACAAAGCGGACAGGUUGGUGCUGCUGAAUGUCGCCAAUCAGGGUGUGCACUUAUGGGACCUGCAAGACAGAUGCCUCGUUAGACGUUUCCAAGGCGUUACUCAAGGACAUUUCACGAUUCACAGUUGCUUCGGUGGUGUCAACCAGGACUUUAUAGCUUCCGGUAGUGAAGAUAAUAAAGUAUAUGUAUGGCACAUCAAACGUGAAUUACCGAUAGCUGUCUUAACUGGGCACAGCAGAACAGUAAAUUGCGUCUCAUGGAAUCCAGUGUAUCAUCAAAUGAUGGCUUCAGUGUCUGAUGAUUGCACCGUACGGAUAUGGGGACCAAAAUCUUCAUCAUUAGAUCGUCCAGACAAUACUAAAACUGCCUCGCCAGACAGCAAUUCGUCAAAUGGAAGCGGCUGGCACGAAAUGGUCUCGUAGCGACGCACUCAAACUUCGUACUCCCAUGACCCCAUGGUGUUCAAAAGACUGUUUUGUUAACCGUCAUUAAAUUGAGUACAUCUUAAAGUGUUCCUUUAUCGUCAUACGAGCACAAACAGUGCUCAUGUUCUAAUGAAAAUAUAUAUAUAUAUAUACUUAUAUAUAUAUUUUCAACACGAGCGUACUCAAUAAUACACAAAACCCUGGAGUUUUAUUGAUAAUAAUUAAUAAUUAUAUAAUUAUGCAAUUAAUAAUUAAUUAAUUAAUUAUAUAAAUAUAUUUAUACAUAUAUAUAAUAUCAAUGAAUUUAUUCGGUGAUAAUUCUCUUAUUAUGUCGUACUCCACGGGUUUUAUUAUUUCAUUUUAAUUAAUUUCUCUUCUGUUUUUUUUUUUCGUUUUAAAUUAAUUAUUUAAAUCGCAAGUGCGUGAAAUAAUUAAUUGAAAAUUUUAAAUAUUAAAUUUAAAAUCCGUUCCACGACGUAAUAAUUAAUUGGUUUAAUAAAUAAAAAGCAUAAUGCUAAUUUAAUAGCAUAGAAUUAAGAUUGUACUAGAGAAUUGUCCAAUUGUAUUGACAAAAUUGGACAUAAUAUAUAUGAUAAGAGUUUAAUAUUAUUAUAAAUAAUAAUAAUAAUA